UUUUUUUUUCUCCCUUUCUUUUCUUUUUCCUUUCUUUCUCCUUAUUUUUUUUUUUUCUUUCCCUUACAUACCAUUACUUUGUAUCUUUUUCUCUUUAUUACUUAUUAUACUUGAAUAAAAAAAAAACAAUGCCUUCUCAUUCAACUACAAAAAAGCGUAUCUUUAGACGUUUAAAGCAAUUUCGCUGCGACGGCUAUGGCGAUUGCGAUAUGGUGUUUUCCCGCAGUGAACAUUUGGCUCGACAUAUAAGAAAACAUACUGGUGAAAAACCUUUCAAAUGUGAAUAUCCAUCUUGUACAAAACAAUUUAGUCGAUUCGACAAUAUGCGACAACACGCUCAAACUCAUCAAAAAACUAAAAACAAGUCUAAACAAUCUAUUGAAGAUAAUAGCAACAACGAUAAGAAUAACUCGACUACAACUAAUCUGAUUGUACAUCCUGUGUCUUUUGAAACUGGUAAACUCGGUAGACCAUCAACUCUUCUACUACCUCCAACAGCACCAUCCUCCAUGGCAACACCUAGAUUAGUCAACGAUGGAAAUGAACCAGUGGAGAAAUUCAGUGAUAUUAGUUAUAUGACUUGUAACAGCAACAAUGAAAGUGGUUUGGUAUCACCUGUGUCUAUGUCAGGAUCCUUUGAAGAACAAGGAAAACAAAUAGAAUGUGAUCAAGACCUUCACCGUUUGACUCAAGACGAAUUGGAUGCUUUGGAUGCCCUGAAUCAAUUUCGACAAUCUCCUCAAGCUAUUUGUUGAUUAUAGAAAUAGUUUUUUCUCAUCUCUUACCCCUUCCCCUUUUCCUCAAUGUCUCUCACACACACACUCUCUCCUUACUUUCAAUCAUGCCAUAGUUUUUUUUUUUUCUUAUUACUAUUCAUUUCAUCAUCUUGUAUUCCUUGUAUUUUUUUAAUUCAUUUGUCCAUUUUUUAUACUUCUUUUUUUUUUAUCAUCAUUUUGAAAAACUGUACAUAAAAAUGUUCUUUUUUUUUU